AUGACUUGGAAAUCUCUAUCCCUUUUCCUUUCUCUGCUGGUUACCUUCCUUUUGUUAGAUGCCUCCGCCGUGUGCGGCCAAGGCGGUUGGCAGCCGAUUAAGAAUGACCCACACGUUCAAGACAUUGGCGGUUGGGUGUCGAUUAAGACUGACGAACUAGUUCAAGACAUGGCUAAGUUCGCCGUGACUGAACACAACAAUCAGGCCAAAUCGAACUUGAAGUUUGAGAGACUGGCUGAGGCUAGGGCCCAAUCAUUAGACUUAGGUACGAAUUACUGGUUUGUUAUCGUGGUCCAAGACGCUCCCUUCCAUGUGGAGACCUAUGAGGCCGUUGUUUGGGUUAACCGGACGCAGUCUUUGCAGCUCGUCUCCUUCAAACGUCCUAAAAUGUGA